AUGUUAACAACAAACCCCCUCACCUGGGACGAGCUGUCCUCCUGCUGCCUGUUCAGCCUCAGUCCGAAGAUCCAGCCCAAAAAUAUCCUGAGCGCCCAGCUGUGGGUCCACCUGCGCCCCGCCAACACCAUCACCACCGUCUUCCUGCAGAUCUCCCGCCUCAAACCCGUUAGGGAGGGGAACCACACCCGGGUCCGGGUCCGAUCCCUGAAGAUCGACGCCGAGGCCGGGUCCAGCUCCUGGCAGAGUAUAGAUAUCAAGUCUCUGCUGCAGGCCUGGCUACGUCAGCCUGAAACCAGCUACGGUUUGGAGAUCAACGCCUUCAGCACCAAAGGAGAAAAUCUGGCUGUGACUUCAGCUGAACCUGGAGAGGAAGGACUGCAACCAUUCAUCGAAGUGAAGAUUCUGGACAGCUCUAAGAGGACCCGCCGUGACUCCGGUCUGAACUGUGAUGAGGAAUCCUCAGAGACUCGUUGCUGUCGAUACCCACUCACCGUCGACUUCGAAGAGUUCGGCUGGGACUGGAUAAUCGCCCCCAAACGCUACCGGGCCAACUACUGCUCUGGGGAGUGUGAGUUCCUUUACCUGCAGCAGUAUCCCCAUGCUCACCUGGUGAACAAGGCCAAUCCACGGGGCACCACGGGGCCCUGUUGCACGCCUACUAAAAUGUCCCCCAUCAACAUGCUCUACUUCAACCGCAAAGAGCAGAUCAUCUACGGAAAGAUCCCAUCCAUGGUGGUCGACCACUGCGGCUGUUUGUGA